AUGACCACGACACAUACUCGUAUACGUUGGAUGUGUCGUUUGCUGACCCCGGGGCCAGAUGGUCCAUACCCGAUGAUACCACCUCCAAGUGCUCGUGCUACUGCUACUCCAUCACAUACUGUUGGUCCCACUCCUCCCCCAGAUAUGCCUGUUUCUGUUGCUCUACCAUCGGGAUUUACUCCUCCUAUUACUCCAUUUAUUUAUCCUGCUUAUGAUGCUCCACCUGCGACUGCUACUGCUCCACCUCCGAGUCCUGGUCAUAUUGUUCUACCUCAGUCUUCAACUAGUGUGAGUACUCUUAGUGAUCCAUCGACUCCUUCAGCUCUACCAGGUUUUGAGCCUGUUGCUUCACCAGCGGGUUUUGAGACUACUGCUCCAUUGAGUCCUGAUUUUGCUACCCCACCGGAGAGUCCUGAUCAUGGAUUGCAAUGUAUUUGA